GCUCAGGUUUCCUUUAGGUUUUCUAUAUUUAUCUCCGUGAUUUAAUGCCAGCGCCGGGGUUUAAAUGGCACCAAACAGUUGGCGUGGGGAGAGGGAGCAGCCAUCCCCGAGCCGUGCACACGUCCCCGAGCCGCCCGCGCGCCCAUGGAGCUCUUUGAGACCAACCCCUAUUUUUUCCCGGACCAGAGGUUUUACGAUGGGGAAAAUUUCCUGGGCUCCCGUUUGCAAGGCUACGAGCCAUCAGCAUUCCCUGAGCGGCCCGAGGUGGCCCUGUGUCCUGAGGGCAGGGUGGCUUUGGAGGAGAAGGACUCAGCCCUGGCCGAGCACUGUCCUGGGCAGUGUCUGCCGUGGGCGUGCAAGGUUUGCAAGCGCAAGACAGUGUCCAUCGACCGGCGCCGGGCGGCCACGCUGCGGGAGAAGCGCAGGUUGAAGAAGGUGAACGAAGCCUUCGAGGCGCUGAAGCGCAGCACCCUGCUGAACCCCAACCAGCGGCUGCCCAAGGUGGAGAUCCUGCGCAGUGCCAUCCAGUACAUCGAGCGCCUGCAGAGCCUGCUCAGCAGCCUCAACCAGCAGGAGCGGGAGCAGAGGGACUUGCGCUUCCAUCCUACCGCCCCCCAGCCCGGGGCGGCCGGUGAGUGCGGGUCCGGCAGCUCGUCCUGCAGCCCGGAGUGGAGCAGCCAGCUGGAGUUCGGCACCAACCCCGCAGAUCACCUCCUGGCCGAUGACGCCGCAGAAGACCGCAACCUCCACUCGCUCUCCUCCAUUGUGGAGAACAUUGCCGUGGAGGACGUGGCCGUGACGUUCCAGGAGGAGCGGGUUCAAAACUGAGCCGGCACAACACCCGGCGGCUCUUCGAGCUGCUGACGGGGUGGGAAUAAGAUGCUGGAAGGGUCCAGCCGCUGGAAAUCGUAUUUACCCCUCUGGCCUCGUGGACCACACCGCUGGAACCACUCACCUCCAUUCCCACUCCUCGCAAAACGCUCCCGCUCGCCCAGCUGGGAAACGCCGAUGGGGAGAGGUGGGAUCUUGGGGUGCCGCGGCCCCGGUUCCCACGAGGGUGGCCGCGCGGCGUCGGGCUCUGCACCCCCUGUGUGGGGGCGGUCGGUUUUUGGGGGCCAAUGUGUGUGCUGGGUUCGCUUGCUGAUUUUCCUUUCCAAGAUGCUCUUUGACCAACGUGUCUCUCUGGCUGGUGUCCCGUGGGUGCUGAGCCCUGCGGAGGCUGCGCGCCGUCUUUUCUACUGAUCUCUGUGUGGAGUUGCCAUUUGUUUUUGUUUUUCUUAAUUAUUAUUUUUGCUAACUUAUUUGGAUUGUUUUUUUUUAAAUAAAGGCAUUUGUUUGAACUGC